AUGGUCGCCAGCAGCCGCAUUGCCAUCGUGGCCUCCGCCUUCGCAGUGGGUGCUUCCGCCGCUGUCAUCAACCGCCGCCAGCAGCAAGAUAACGGCUGGCUGGCCACCGACUACCAGUGGGGAUGCUCUCCUGGAGGAUGCAGCUCUCAAUUCAACCUCUUGGGCUUCGAAGGUGUCCCCUCUGGAGCACCCGCCUUCGAUGUCGUCUGCAGCCCCAUCUACAUCCAGCAAGAUUGGAUCGCAUGCAAGAACCGCGACGGCAGCACCAUGGCUCCCGAGUCUGUGGUCUACGCCGUAUGGAAGGCCGGCCCCGACAACGACAAGCAGUACAUCAACAUUGCCCAUGUCUACUACCGCCAGGAGGACGGUCUCUACUACGACGCAGAGAGCGCAUCUGCGGGUUUCCUCCCCGAGAAGGGCGGCACUGAAUGGUUUUCCAUCGCCACUGUCAACCCAGCUUCAGAGAGCCAUCUUCCGCCAGUCGUGAACACAGAUGCGCCCACGCAGACCGUUCAGGCGGAUACUGAGACCGGUAUUCCUGAUCUGGUCAAUGCUGAAGACCCGGUCGCCACAUCUACCGAUGGCUCCGUGCCGGAUCCUGUCCCUGCUGCCGGAGAGGACAUCCCUACCCCCGAUCCGACUGAGGACCCUGCCAACGAUCCUACCACCACCGAUGAGUCUGCUCCUGUGUCCGACCCGACUGCCACUGAGGCUUUCACUCCUGCGGUUGACCCUCCUACACCUACUGAUGACGGAACACCCGCCGCUGACCCAACUCCAACUGAUGAGUCAACGCCCACCGGAGACUCGACUCCGGCCGAGGAUCCCACUCCUGCGGCUGACCCUACUCCUGAGUCAACUCCUGAGUCUACCCCCUCCGAAGACCCCGUUCCAUCUGGCGAUGGACCUUCGAACACAGUGACUUCUGACAUGCCCGAUGGCGUGGUCCUUUCUCAGCCUCUGCAGUCUGACGUCGUUCUGUCCCAGCCUCUCCAGAACACCGUACCUGGUACUGGCACCAUCCCUGCUGGAGGCAAUGGAGCUUAG